AUAACAGGGAGCUUCUGAGCAGUAUCAGCAACAUGAUAGCUAAGAUAAGUGACAAGUCUUCUUCUGCUAUUUCUGUUUUAGAUGUUCCAAAAUUUAAACGUAAAAGUAAUGAGGAACAAUUUAAAUUAAAUGCCAAAGUUAUACAGAAGAUAGAAGGUGCGCAUUCAGCCGUGGAAUCAGAGGAUUUAUCGUCUGCUAAAGAGGCUAUUAUUCAAGCCAGAGACAUGUUGAAGCACCGACAAAAAUUAGUGCUUCUGGCCGAUACGUCGGAUUUGGGUUGGAGAUUGGUCAGCGAAUACGAGGCAAAUCCCAUCGCUAGCGAUAGCGACGACGAAAAACGUAUUUAUAAGGCGGAGGCUCGUGCCAGUAGGAAGGCUAAGGCAGACAAGACCAAAAAACCCAGAAAAAACAACUGGCCAUACAAGCGUCCAGAGGCAUCGGGAUCUGCGCAGGCGUCACAGGGCAUCAGACAGCGUCCCGGAUUGUGUUUUUCCCGUGGAAAGGCGGGUCACUGGAAAAAUGAAUGUACACAGAACAGUUCUUACCAGAACAAUAAGUUAAGUAGUUAUUUUGAGAUUUUAGACUCAGUAAAAGUCACUGACUUUACCAAGGGUACUGUGUGCCAAGAUAAGGCUUAUCUGAGUAAAAAUGAAACAUUAUUUAAGGCCGAGAAAAAAGGCAGUGACCAGAUGUCGGAUAAAGGUAAAGUAAAUUCUAUUUCACCUGUAGGCCGAUUAAGGCAGAAUAAAGACAAAUGGUGCAGGGUGUCCAAUAAUCAAUAUAUUUUAGACGUUGUUGAAAACGGAUAUAAAUUGCCGUUUAAGAACAUACCAGAAAGUGCGCACUUGAAAAACAAUAGAUCCGCACUUGAAAACAAAACGUUUGUUAGAACGGAGAUAAAGUCUUUGUUAGAAAAGAGGGUAAUAUCGGAAGUAUUAGAAAAACCAAUUGUGGUAAAUCCACUCACAGUUGCUUAUAACAAGGCUGGAAAGCCCAGACUGGUGUUAGAUUGUAGGCAUGUAAAUCCUUGUUUACAUAUGUUUAAGAUAAAAUUUGAAGACAUAAACACAGCAGAGAGUUUGUUUGAACUUAAUACGUUUGUUUAUACUUUCGACUUAAAGAGUGCUUAUCACCACAUAGAUAUUUUUCCUGAACAUACUACGUAUUUGGGAUUUUCCUGGAUUGAUGACGGAGUUGUAAGAUAUUAUGUGUAUAAUUCAUUACCGUUUGGGAUUGCUUCCGCAGGGCAUAUCUUUACGAAAACUCUAAGAGUGUUGAUUAAACACUGGAGAUCAUUAGGACACAGGGUAAUUAUGUUUUUGGAUGAUGGAGUAGGGGGACAUGCUGAAUUUAAAAAGGCCAUGUCGUCUAGUAAUUUUAUACACAAUUCUUUGAUAGAUCUGGGGUUUUUACUUGCGGAAGAAAAAUGUUGUUGGAACCCUUCACAAAUAGUAUGCUGGUUAGGCCAUAUUUUGAAUUACAGAUCUAACUGUAUGUUUAUUUCGGAAGAAAGAAUUCUUCGAUUAGAAAUGUCACUAAAGUCAGUUCUGUUUCAAUUGUCAAAAGACAAGUUAGACUUGAUACAUGUAAAAUGUUUAGCAGCAGUUGUAGGCCAAAUAAUUUCCCUACAAAGUGUGGUAGGUAGAAUAGUCUGCCGGAAGACCAGAGAUUUAUACAAAUGUAUUAUAGGGCGUGCAAGCUGGAACGCACCUGUUAAGGUAAGCGAAAAGGCUCAGGCUGAGCUACAGUUUUGGCUAGAAAAUGCAAGAAAAUUGAACAAAAAAGGUAAGCGAUUGAAGCAGUUAUUUUCUGCAAGUUUAAGUAUGGCAACGGACGCUAGCGCCGUUGGAUACGGUGGAUACGUGAGAAAAGACGAAAAGUCAUAUGCAUAUUAUAGUAGUUUGUCCAAGGAAAAGACAUUUAUUAACCAGUCCUCAGGUGUUGAAAUAAAUGAAAAGGUGACUGAGUUCCCGGAAGUGAACCAUGAGGAAAUGUUCCAAGGUAUGUGUAGCAAGUUUCCACCGGAAGUAGAAUAUUACACAGUUUUUGCUCCCGGAUGUGAGCAAAAUGUUUCGACAAACAUAGAACAAGGUUCUACAAAGGAGAACUGUGGUAGUUUGUCUGAGGAAAUGUCAAUUUUUGAUCAGUACUCACUUGUUCCGUUACAUGAAAAGAUAACGUAUUACGAAACCGGGUUCCCGGAAGUGAACCACGGGGAAAUGUUUCAAGGUAUGUGUAAAGGUAGCAAGUUUCCACCGGAAGUGGAAUAUCUCACCGGUUUUGCUCCCGGGUGUAAGCAAAAUAUUUUGAUAAAUGAUGAACAAGGUUCUAUGAAUAAGACUCCCGGAAGUGGGUCUAGUGGUCUGGUGCUCCCGGAAGUGAGCGCAUUGUACAGUAAACACAUGUCUUUUACUUUUAGCAGUACAGAGGUACAUGGGUCUUGGACAGAAGUAGAAAGAGAAAGAAGUUCAACAUGGCGCGAACUUGAGGCUCUUCAUCGAGUUUUAAGAAGUAACAUUAAUAUAUUAGUGAAUAAUCAUGUCAUUUUCCUUACAGACAAUAAGAAUGUGAAAUUUAUUUUGAAUUCCGGCAGCUAUGUUGACGAUUUGCAUGAAAUUUGUCUUAAAAUUCACGAAGUGUGCGACAUAAAUAGCAUACAGUUUGUUGUAAUUUGGAUACCAAGGUGUAGGAACGCAGAAGCAGAUUAUCUGAGUAGGUGUCUUGAUUGUGACGAUUGGUCUGUAAAUGAGGUCAUAUUUAAACACUUGAAUAAGAAGUGGGGACCUUUUACAGUCGACAGGUUUGCCACACAUUAUAAUAACAAAUGUGACAGAUUAAUUCAAGAUGGUGGGUACCUGGUACAGAAGCAGUUGAUUGUUUUACACAAAUAUGGACCGGGGAGAAUAAUUGGUUGGUACCGCCACCAAAUUUAAUCGUUCAGUGUUUGAAUAAGUUAAAACACGAUAAAUGCUUAGGAACUUUGGUUAUUCCUGAAUGGAAAUCGGCGCCAUUUUGGCCAUUGUUAAUUGAUGAAAAGGGUAAUUUCAGUUGCAUUGUGAAAGAAAGUUAUGUUUUUCCUUCUACAGGUGCUGUCACAAGGGGAAAAGGGAACAACGGAGUGUUUAAUAUAGAACCUUUUAGUUUCAGAAUGCUAGCAUUGAAGUGCAGCUGGUAAAAAUCUUCAACAAUAUGAGAUUUAUUGAACAUGUACGAUCGAAUUUUGACCUCAUGUAUGUCUUUCAGGUACUGGCUUGAGGCAAACACUAAAAAGAAAGUUUGACGAGGCUGGCGUUCAGAUAAAUAACGAAGAACAAUGUAUAGACAGAAUGGCUACACAUAUUUUGAGCUCUAGAGCUGAUAGCACUGUAAAUAAAAUAUGCUCAUCAAGUGAAAACUUUUAAAGAUUUCUGUAUUUCGAAGGGAUUUCCCUGUGAUCCAGCACAUUCCAUUCACGUCGCCAUGUAUUUAUCGAACUUAAUAGACAGUGGAAAAUCGGACAGCGUAAUUAUGGCAGCUUUUUAUGGAAUUAAAUGGUACCAUAGUAUUAACGACUUCCAGGAUCCAACGGAGAACGUAGUGGUGAAAUCUAUGCUAGAAUGUGCGAAACGGUUGAACUCUAAACCCACAACGAAAAAGGAUGUAAUUACUACAGAACAUUUAAUAGAGCUUUGUAAUAUGUUUUCAGAAUCUACGGAUGUUAUCGUACUCCGCGAUCUGACAAUGAUUUUGUUAAGUUACGCAGGCUUUUUGCGUUUUGAUGAAGUUAGUGAAUUACGUUGUAGUGAUAUUGAUAUCAAGGACAGAUACAUAUCUUUGUUUAUUAAGAAAAGUAAAACUGACAUAUACAGGGGUGGUAAAGAAGUACUUAUUUCUAGCGGUGAAACGUCGGCUUGUCCAGUUGCUAUGUUGCAAAGAUAUUUACAUUGUUCAAGUAUGCAUUUAAAAUCAGACUCGUAUCUUUUUAGACCUGCAUGCAGGUCCGGCCACAAAUGUUUUUAAUUGAUAAAGAUAAAAACUUAGUUACACUCGAUCAAAAGAAUGUAUUGUGUCUAAGUUAAAGCUAGUUGCGCCUAAUUUGCGUUUAGGAACACAUUCGUUGAGAGCUAGUGGUGCCACCACUGCCGCCAAUGCUGAAGGCGUUUCAGAUAGAUGUCUAAAGCGACACGGUCGCUGGAAGUCUGAUUUGGCCAAAGAUGGUUACAUAGAUGAUUCAUUAGAGAAAAAGCUUUUUAUUACAAAACAGUUAAAGUUAUGAGUACAUAUAUUGUUUAAGGAAAAUUCGAAUUUGAAUGACAUAGGCUCUAACAUUUGUAUUAGUUCUAUCGCAAGUCUUGCCCAUUGCAAAACAGAGUUUGUGUUUUGUGCGUAGUUAUGUUAAGACUUUAAAGUUCUGCGCGUUACGGAGUAUAGCCGCAGAACAUAUGUCUUAACGUUGUGUAGCACAACUAUUUGUGCGAAUCACUGAUGUGUUGGAUCACGUGAUCAGUGAUUGGUCAAGUGGUACGUGGCGGGAAUUAGUACGGGUAACGCGGUUGUUUGUCAGUUCUACGCUUGGCUUCGAUUGUUUCACUUCUACUUUAUUCAAAUUCGAAUUUUUGUUAGAUUAUAAUGAAAACUUUGAUUUUAUAAACUCUAUGUUGUUUAUAAUCUGGUUUGAUAAAGUUGAUAUACUUUUUGUAGAAAGUUGAACAAUUCUCAAGACAUAAUGAAUAAGUUGUCUAGUUUUAAGAAAGGCUAUUACUUUUUAUUAUUUUAUACUACCAAGAUACAGUAGGUACAGUUUUCCAGAGUUUUUUACAUUCCCAGUUCGGGAAUGAUUUUUUAAUCUCUGGUUUUUAAUCUGGCCUAUUGUAUCUAGGUUGACGGCUGUACUGUACAGUCAGUGUGUACACAAGAUAAUUAUCUGACAAUGUUAUUUGUAUGAAGCUGAUAUGCAUAUUGUAUGCUAUUUGAUUUUGUUUAUAAAGAAUAUGAUCAUAUAUUCAUGUACUUGUACAUAAAAUGCUCAAAUUAAAACAAUCGCAAGUCUUGCCCAUU